UUAGCCAAUCGGAGCGCUCGGUGUUGGAGGGUCAGAGCUGCAGUGACAAUACAGCAAGAUGGUGCUAGAAAGUACUAUGGUUUGUGUGGACAACAGUGAAUAUAUGAGAAAUGGAGAUUUUUUACCUACCAGAUUACAGGCCCAGCAGGAUGCCGUUAACAUUGUAUGUCACUCCAAGACUCGCAGCAACCCUGAGAACAACGUGGGACUAAUCACCUUGGCAAAUAACUGUGAGGUCCUAACUACAUUAACACCAGAUACAGGGCGAAUCCUCUCCAAGCUCCACUCUGUACAGCCAAUUGGGAAAAUCAGCUUCUGCACCGGUAUCCGAGUUGCACACUUGGCUUUGAAACAUCGGCAAGGAAAGAAUCAUAAAAUGCGGAUCAUUGCAUUCGUAGGAAGUCCUGUGGAAGACCUUGAGAAGGAUUUGGUGAAAAUGGCAAAGCGUUUGAAGAAGGAGAAAGUUAGCGUAGAUAUUAUCAACUUUGGAGAGGAGGAAUCUAACACCGAGAAGCUGACUGCAUUUAUCAACACACUGAAUGGAAAGGAUGGCACUGGCUCUCACUUAGUCACAGUUCCCCCAGGCCCGAGCCUAGCUGAUGCUUUGAUCAGCUCUCCCAUCCUGGCUGGGGAGGGAGGUGCAAUGCUAGGCCUUGGUGCCAGCGACUUUGAGUUUGGAGUGGAUCCCAGUGCUGACCCAGAGCUAGCUUUGGCUUUGCGUGUGUCCAUGGAAGAGCAGAGACAGCGGCAGGAAGAGGAGGCGAGGAGAGCUGCUGCUGCAUCCGCUGCUGAGGCUGGAAUAACAUCGACUGCACCCGAUGAUUCAGAUGAGGCAUUGCUGAAGAUGACCAUUGGCCAGCAGGAAGGGGGCAGGACCGGUCUGCCAGAUUUCAGCAGCAUGACUGAGGAUGAACAGAUCGCUUAUGCAAUGCAAAUGUCUUUACAAGGAGCAGAAUUUGGCCAAGCAGAGUCAGGUGAUUUAGAUAGCAGUGGUGUGAUGGACACAUCUGAGCCUGUCAAGGAGGAGGAGGACUAUGAUGUGAUGCAGGACCCAGAGUUUCUACAAAGUGUCCUUGAGAACUUACCUGGCGUUGACCCAAAUAACGAGGCCAUUCGCAAUGCCAUGGGUUCUCUGGCUUCCCAAGCAUCAAAGGAUACAAAGAAAGACAAGAAGGAGGAGGACAAGAAGUGAGGUGCUGCAGCUCUGUGCUUAUAAACUAAUUAUUAUGGGCUCUCAGAGGUGUGCUGGGGGUCGGGCAUGAAGACGUUGUUACUGGUUGUAGUCAUUAAUAAAAAUACACACUAUCCCUCUGAUCUGGCACCCAUCACUGGUUACUUAACCAAGCCACUUGGAAAGAACAUCCUGCUCCUGGAAGGGCUGAGUGCUCACGUCAACCAUCAUCUAAAUCCUACCUAUUGUCAGUAUGAGGACUCACUCUUAUUGCUCAGAGACACUCUGCUCAAUCAUGUUCUAGAAUAUAAAGUGUGCUAAAUCCUGUUGGAGAAGCUGAGAACCGCAUACUACAUUAGAUAUACUCACUGUCUCUUCCCUCACUCCUUGCCUCCUGCACUCUUGUUUUCUGUCACUCAUUGAGGUGGUGAAUUACAAAGCAGUUUGUGUGAUCCCUUUCCAUGAGGGUUAUGGGUUUGUUUGUUUGUUUUUUAUUUUUUUUCGGGGUAUUUUUUAGAAAACUCUCCCAUAAACUCCCUUGAUAGAUCCUGCGUUGGAAUUAGAAAAGUGCUAUAAAACCCAGAUUGUUUACUCAGGGAGACAUAUUGAAUAUGAAAGUGAUGAUAACUACAUUGCCAUUUUAAUCUGCAGUGGAUGAAAGCUCUGUCAGGUUGCCUACAGCCUGUUCAAAUCUGCCGGUUACUCUAACAAGGUGAUCCUAUAGAGGGACAGUAUACUAAAAUAAAUUCCAACUUGCCUGUAUAUCCUAAAUCAUUGCCCACCAUGUAAUGUCUGAUGUUCAAAGUGAUAAUAGUGGGAGUGUGUAGGUGCAGGAUGUGGGAGUGUUGGUAAGAGUAUGCAGUGAUUGAGCUAAAUAUAAACGGGAGUUACAAGAAUCUGUGAUGGCGAUGUUGGUUCUAAAGAUCAUUUUUGAGUUAUUUAAAAAAAGAAAUGUCCCUCACAGCUGUUUGCUUAUUUAGGGGCAGAGACGGCAUUGCUGUGUUGUUGCUCCUACUUUAAACCUGUAAACUUUUGCAAAAGAUAUUUGAAAUUAUAAAGUAUUGAAAAUAAAAUUGGUGACAACCUUCUUUUA